ACCGAUUGUACUGAAAAAGAAAAGAGAGAUUUUUUUUUUUACUGAAAUGGCAGAAUGAAAGUAGAGACAGAAGGGAAAAGAUAUUAUGAGUUUUCUUGUCCGUGCAUCAGCAUUGUUUUCAACCCAGUAAGGGAAAAUGUGUUAAAUUACUUUUUUUUUUUUCUCGCAGGCUACCGCCUUUAAUUAAAAAAAAAAAUCGGGAUGGAGCACUGGAGCUGCCUGGUUUAAUAUCAGACUGAGUAGGGAAACGGGCGUUGGUAUUUUCCCGGAUUCCCAGCUUGAUUCACAGCACACAGAUGUCGCUAUAGCGGGCUCAGCUGGGUAGUUCUGACAGGCUAACAUGCUCUUCCUUUUCCGCUGUCAGUCGGUGCUUUUUUUAUCCCAAGUUUGACCCUGGCAGCUAUUUCCUCUCCUCUCUCGCGCUAUAAAGUCCCCACGCGUUCCGCACGCAGUCUCUUUCCCUGGCCACAAAACAGAGCGAGUGUGAGCACUCACUGCUCUUUCACAACUUCAAGAAAAAACACAAAAAAAUAAAAAAACACAAAAUACACAAAACCUGUGAAAAAAAUACCGGAACUUCAAGACAAGGCGGAAAAAAAGGAAAAUUAAAAAAAAAACGCAAAAUAAUACUUUUUUUGUUUUAUUUUAAUUCUUGAUAUUUACAGAAGGCCUCGGGCUUGGAUUGCCUGAAGUUUUAAAGACGAGAAUUUCCAUUACAAUUAUCAGUAAGAAGAAACAAUAUUCUUAGCAAGACACUGCACUGUUUAAAAGGACUCAGUAUCCCAGAUUGAGGUUAUUUUGGGACUCUAUUUUUCCUUUCUUCAGCUAAGAUUUUUUAUUGAAACUUUUACAGCAUCCAGGCUUUUUGUCUACAAAUACUGACAAAAUAAUUUCACAUUAGCGGUGGAUCCAUUGACCUCGACUAAAUUAAACUGUGCAGUUCGGGGAGCGCAGCUGUUGUGCUUACUGAACAUUACAAUACACACACACACACGUACAUAAAUCCACCGAAACAUCUCAGCCGUCCGCUAUUCAAAUCCGAACAAUGAACACUGCGACAGCAGGGAGUUACCCGAUGGCUUCUCUUUAUGUCGGCGACUUGCACCCCGAUAUCACUGAGGCGAUGCUCUACGAAAAAUUCAGCCCCGCCGGCCCGGUUCUGUCCAUUCGGGUCUGCCGCGACAUGAUCACCCGCCGCUCUCUGGGUUACGCCUAUGUGAACUUUCAGCAGCCCGCAGACGCCGAGAGGGCUCUGGACACCAUGAACUUCGAUGUGAUCAAGGGCAAGCCCAUCCGCAUCAUGUGGUCGCAGAGAGACCCCUCGCUCCGGAAGUCAGGCGUGGGCAAUGUCUUCAUCAAAAACUUGGACAAGUCCAUCGACAACAAGGCGCUCUACGACACCUUCUCUGCCUUCGGCAACAUCCUGUCCUGCAAGGUGGUGUGCGACGAGAAUGGCUCCAAGGGCUACGCGUUCGUCCACUUCGAGACGCAGGAUGCCGCCGACCGCGCCAUCGAGAAGAUGAACGGAAUGCUGCUAAAUGACCGCAAGGUGUUUGUGGGACGGUUCAAGUCCCGGAAGGAGAGGGAGGUGGAGCUGGGGGCCAAAGCCAAGGAAUUCACCAACGUGUACAUCAAGAACUUCGGAGAGGACAUGGACGAUGAGAGGCUGAAGGAGCUCUUUGACAAAUACGGUAAAACUCUCAGCGUCAAGGUCAUGACAGACCCCAGUGGCAAAUCCAAAGGCUUCGGGUUUGUGAGCUACGAGAAGCAUGAAGACGCCAACAAGGCGGUGGAGGAGAUGAAUGGCACCGAGCUCAACGGGAAGAUGGUGUUUGUGGGGCGCGCGCAGAAGAAGAUGGAGAGGCAGGCGGAGCUGAAGAGGAAGUUUGAGCAGCUGAAGCAGGAGAGGAUCAGCCGGUACCAGGGUGUGAACCUCUACAUCAAGAACCUGGACGACACCAUCGAUGAUGAGAAACUGCGCAAGGAGUUCUCUCCUUUUGGCUCCAUCACCAGCGCAAAGGUGAUGCUGGAGGAAGGGAGGUCCAAGGGCUUCGGGUUCGUGUGCUUCUCCUCCCCGGAGGAGGCCACCAAGGCCGUGACAGAGAUGAACGGGCGCAUCGUGGGCUCCAAGCCGCUGUACGUGGCGCUGGCUCAGCGCAAGGAGGAGCGCAAGGCUCACCUCACCAACCAGUACAUGCAGCGCAUCGCCGGCAUGAGGGCCAUGCCCGCCAAUGCCAUCAUCAACCAGUUCCAGCCCGCCGGCGGCUACUUCAUGCCCGCCGUGCCACAGGCCCAGAACCGAGCGACGUACUACGCGCCAAAUCAGCUGACACAGAUGAGGCCCAACCCACGCUGGCAGCAGCAGGGGGGCCGACCACAGGGUGGCUUUCAGGCAAUGCCUGGCGCCCUGCGUCAGAGCGGGCCCCGUGCCAACCUGCGGCACCUGGCGCCCGGUUCCAGCACGCAAGGCCCCCGGGGAAUCCCAGCUGGGGCGCAGAGAAUGGGAGGGGCUGGUCAGACCAUGGGCCCCCGUCCCUCCGUGGCAGUGCCAACGCCAAGGGCCGUCCCACCCUACAAAUACGCCACCAGUGUGCGCAACCCCCCGCCCCAGGUGAUGCAGCCCCUCUCCCUGCAGCAGACCCAGCCGGCGGUGCACGUCCAGGGACAGGAGCCCCUCACCGCCUCGAUGCUGGCCGCCGCCCCCCCACAGGAGCAGAAGCAGAUGCUGGGGGAGCGCCUGUUCCCCCUGAUCCAGGCCAUGCACCCCAGCCUGGCUGGCAAGAUCACCGGAAUGCUGCUGGAGAUCGAUAACUCAGAGCUGCUGCACAUGCUGGAGUCCCAUGAGUCCCUGCGCUCCAAGGUUGAAGAGGCCGUUGCUGUGCUCCAGGCUCACCAGGCAAAGAAGGACGCUGCGCAGAAGGUGGGGGUCAUCACCACGGCUGCGACCUCCUGACGGGCUUUUUCAAGAACUAGACCCAAAGAAGAGGGAUCCAGUGGUCUUCGCUGUCGCAUUUACCUGGUUCUUCCUGUAAACUGAAUG